AGACUAGAACAGCCAGGAAGGCUGAGAGAGAAUGACCCGGGGAGAGAGCCAAGGCCGAUUCUGGAAAGUUCAACAGAGUUUUGAAACAGUGUGAUUGUUACCAUGCCUCAUGUCAUCAAUUCACCACCAGUCCAGAGUCAAUCCAAAAUGUUUGGCAAAGCUGCUUUGUAUCCUAUCAUCAACCGUAACAAGUGCAUUAAAUGUGACAAGAGUGAAGUCUUUCAGCAGUUGAAGGACGAGUGCCUGAGAAAAGGUGUCUUGUUUGAAGAUGACGACUUCCCUGCUAACGAGUCCUCACUUUUUUACUCUGUGGCUGUCCCUUUCAAGCUGGAGUGGAAAAGACCCCCAGAAAUCUGUGAGAAUCCAAAGUUCAUCAUUGGCGGAGCCUCAAGAACUGAUAUCUGUCAAGGAGAUUUGGGUGAUUGCUGGUUCCUGGCUGCCAUUGCAUGUCUCACUCUUAAUGAGAAGCUGCUGUACCGGGUCAUCCCUCGCGAUCAAUACUUUACAGAGAACUAUGCUGGGAUCUUCCACUUUCAGUUCUGGCGUUUUGGUGACUGGGUGGAUGUCAUUGUUGAUGACCGAAUUCCCACGUUCAACAACCAGUUGGUUUUUACCAAAUCUGCUGAGCGAAAUGAGUUCUGGAGUGCUCUGUUGGAGAAGGCAUACGCUAAGCUGCAUGGAUCUUAUGAAGCACUGAAAGGUGGCAAUACCACAGAAGCCAUGGAAGAUUUCACUGGUGGUGUUACUGAAUUCUUUGAGAUAAAGGAUGCCCCUAAGGAUCUGUUCAAGAUCCUAAAGAAGGCAACAGAGAGAGGCUCCCUUAUGGGCUGUUCAAUUGAUGAAAGUAUAUUUCAUGGGACUGGUUUUAUGCAAGAAGCACAGAUCCAAAGGUUUCUGUCUCGCUGUUUAGUCGCUGCAGGUGGAUCUAAGGCCAAAGUUGAUGAUCAGUUCAAGAAUUUUGAUGACUUUCCUGUCAGGUCUUUUGUACCUCAACAGUUUGAAACACGAACAGCCAGCGGUUUGGUCAGAGGACACGCCUAUUCUGUAACCAAUGUGGAUGAAGUCACUUAUAAGGGUCAGAAUGUGAAGUUGCUGCGUUUGAGGAAUCCAUGGGGAGCUGUGGAGUGGAAUGGAUCCUGGAGUGAUAAGGCCCGGGAGUGGUCUGAGAUUGAGAAGACACAAAAGCAACGACUUCAGCAUCAAAUGAAAGAAGACGGAGAGUUCUGGAUGUCUUUUGAUGAUUUUAAGAGGAAUUUCACAAAGCUGGAGAUUUGUAACCUGACACCAGAUACACUGGGUGAUGACAAGCUCCAUAAAUGGACAGUAUCUAUCAAUGAAGGACGAUGGGUAAAAGGCUGUUCAGCUGGGGGCUGCCGUAAUUAUCCAGACACAUUCUGGACGAAUCCUCAGUACCGACUGAAACUCUGUGAGGAGGAUGAUGAUCCUGAAGUUGCCGAGGUCCUCUGCACAUUUGUUGUUGCUCUAAUGCAAAAGAAUCGGCGGAAGGAACGCAGGAUGGGUGUCAACUUCCAUACCAUUGGAUUUGCUAUUUAUGAGAUGCAUGGCAAUAAACAACACCUUCCCAAAGAUUUCUUCCUCUACCGGGCGUCUAAGUGCAGGUCUAAUUCAUAUAUCAACCUGCGUGAGGUAUCGCAACGUUUCAGCCUCCCCCCAGGGGAAUAUGUCAUUGUCCCUUCAACAUAUGAUCCUCACCAAGAAGGGGAAUUCGUCCUUCGGGUCUUCUCAGAAAAACCAAACCUGUCAGAGGAAACUGAGAGCCACAUCAUAGAUGACAACCCUAAGCCAAUCAUCUUUGUUUCUGAUAGAAGUAAGAACACUGUAGACUCGAGGACGGCGAAGGAGAAAAAAGCAGAAGACAUGAGAAAAGCCAAGCCUUUGUCAACAAUAGCUCAGGAGGAGACUGAGGAAGACCUCCAGUUCCGCCGUAUUUUUGAACAGAUUUCAGGAGAUGACAUGCAGAUCUCUGCGUUGGAAAUGAAGAAUAUCCUAAACCGUGUUGUUAAAAAACACAAAAUGAAAACCGAAGGGUUCAGUCUUGAGUCUUGUCGUAGUAUGGUUGCCCUCAUGGAUACAGAUGGAUCUGGAAAGCUUAAUUUGAUGGAAUUUAAGCAGCUCUGGAGUAAGAUUAAGAACUGGCAGGAAAUAUUUAAGGAAUAUGACAAGGAUAAUUCUGGCGUAAUUGACAGCUAUGAAAUGCGCACAGCUGUGAAUGAUGCAGGUUUCCGCCUGAACAACCAACUUUAUGAGAUCAUCUCCAUGCGCUAUGCCAAUGAAGAUAUGAAUCUGGACUUUGACAGCUUUAUCUGUUGUCUUGUGAGACUGGAGGGAAUGUUCAGAGCCUUUCGUGCCUUUGAUAAAGAUGGAGAUGGAAUCAUUAAACUCAGUGUCCUGGAGUGGCUGCAACUCACCUUAUAUGCUUAAACGUCUCAGGAUGUCUGGUGGCUUACAUGCCUGGCUAUUACCUCAAGCUCAACACCGAAACCUCAACAGCAGAAUAUGCAAAGCCAGUCUCUUCUAUACCUGAUGACAUUCAAUGGUGCUUCAGGAAUCUGGGUGGAAACUAGCCUGUUAUUUAUUGUUCAAUCAGCAUGUCUUACUGCAACUUUGUGAAUCUUUGCUAGGAUGAGAAUACAGGUUUUCUUUAUCUCUCUUGUAUGAUUUUACAAUAAAACCCCCACUCUAGCCUAUUUUUCCAGUGAGCUGGUAGGUAGACACAUUGCCUGGGUUAACAUUGAGUAAAAGAUUCGAUCUUCACUGUUUGGUUUGUGACUGUCACUGGUUUCAGUAUCCCAGAGAAGGGAAAUGAUGUCCACAGUUUCAUUCAGUUAGCACUGCUUUAUCAGUAAUGUUUGAAAGAUAAACAUGGAAAGAAGGUUAUCUAAUUUUAUCAAUUGGAUCAAUGGACUGAAGAGUGGCAGAUGGAGUUUAAUUUGGAUAAAUGUGGUAAUAAAAAUAAGGAUAGGGCUUAUACAAUUAAUGAUGGGGCCCUGGGUAGUGUUGUAGAAGUAGAGUAUCAUGGGGUUCAGGUAUGUAAUUCUUUGAAAUUUGCAUCACAGGUAGACAGGAGAAAGUGAGGACUGCAGAUGCUGGAGAUCAGAGCUGAAAAUGUGUUGCUGGAAAAGCGCAGCAGGUCAGGCAGCAUCCAAGGAGCAGGAGAAUCGACGUUUCGGGCAUGAGCCCUUCUUCAGGAAACCUCCUUCCUUCAGUGUUAGGACUUUGGUGAGGCCUCUCCUAGACUAUUGGGUACCAUUCUGUCACCCUGUUAGAGGAAGAUAUUAAACCAGGGAGGGUUCAGUAAAUAUUUACCAGGAUGUUGCCAGGAAUGGAGGGUUUGAGAUAUAAAAAUAGACAGGAAAGGCUGGGACAUCUUUCACUGGAGUGUAGGAGAUUGAGGGUUUACCUUAUUGAGGUUUAUAAAAUCAUGAGAGGCAUAGAUAAGGUGAAUGAUAAAGGUCUUUUCUCUAGGAUGGGGAGUUCAAUACUAGGGGGCAUGUUUUAAGGUAAGAGAAGAGAAACUUAAAAAGGAGCAACUUUUUUACACAGAGAGUGGUUGAUUUUGGAAUGAACCGCCAAAUAAGGUAGUGGGUGUAGGUAGAGUUACAACAUUUAAAAGGUACUUGGAUAAGUACAUGAAUAGGAAAAGCUUUGAUGAAUAUGGGCCAAAUGAAGGCAAGUGGCACUAGUUUAGUUUGGGAACAUGGUCGGCAUGGACUGGUUGGACCGGAAGGUCUGUUUCUGUGUUUUAUGACUCUGCAGCUGAAUAACUAGUGUCAAGCCAUUAAAUACUCGAGAAUGCUUGAGGAAGCAUUAACUAAAUUAUUUGCAAGCUUCUAUGUACAUUUAUUAUCCAGCAGACAAAUGAUCAACAAUUUCGCCCUUCCACUUUAUCCCCAGUAUGUGCCUAUUACAGGAUCAGGUUCAACGAGGUUAGUACUGACAGUGGAUUGCAAAUAAUGAUAGCCCCACACCAAACUAUUCUCUGAACUGAUACAGUGAAUGGCCCAAUUUUAUACUCCUGCUUAGUAGUUCAAGAAGGCCCACUACCUUUUCGGGGUAACUAAUUCUUUUACAGGCAGGAACAGCUUCUCUCUAUCUAUCUAUCCAACUCAAUUGUGAUUUUGAAAAUUUAGCUUGUCAUUUUUUAGCCUAUUUCUGUGCAAGGAGAA